CAAAAAAUUGGGGAAGCACGUGAAAUUUUUUGAAACCGACUCCUAAACUAAUAUGCCUUAGAUUUGUUCAAAAUUCCAUAUUUUUCCAUUUCAAAUUUCAAAUUACUUUUAGAAUUUAACAACAAAAAGAGACCUUUUUUCCCGAACAACUAAACUUUUAUAUUCAGAUACUUAUCAAGCAACUGUUCGGCUUCCGUACGAUACGCAUUUCAUUGGGGAAAGGAAAAAGUGAAACUCCCGGAGAGUAGAAGAGGAAGGAUUUUCCAACUUAUUACUCAAGAUUAAUCUUUUCAAGUUAAGAUUUUUCAAACCUUUUGAAACUACUUUUCUUGAGUCGAGGAUUUAUCGGAAACAUCCUCUCUACAUCACACAAGGUAAGGGUAAGGUCUACGUACACCCCAUCCUCUCCAGACCCCAGUUGUGGGAUCAAACUGGUAUGAUGAUGUUCUUGUUGUUGUACUGCUCCAUAUGAAGAUAAGUUUCUCAUAUUUUGACAUUCUUGUUGUUGCAUCUUUGAAAAUAAAAAUAUAAAUAUUUUUAACCCAUACCUAUUUUUGACCUUAUUUUUAACAUGGCAAGCUGUUGAAGAUUAUGUGAAGAAAGCGAAUCAAGUAUAUUUUGUCAGAAAAUUCAAGAUAAGGUAAUACUUUGGCGAAUGCUACCACGACUGAUCUAGUAGUAAUUCAUCUCAGAAGUUGGCGUUGAAGAUAUUAAGUAUCUUAAAUGGGUUGGGGUGCUUCGACUGAGUGCAAUAGAAAAGGACCAGAUUACUUUGGGCUUUUUGCAUCUGAGAUGGCAGAGUUACUUUCUCAGGAUGGAGAUUUUCUGCCAUUUUCAGAUCAGAUAUUUGAGAAUUCUGGAGAAGUAAAUAGUGCUGACGAAGAAAAGAAUAGUAGUAUGAGUACCUAUAACUCCAAGGAGUUUAGGUACACCGGUGGGUCUGCUUCCUUAUUUUCUGAUUGUUUUGGAUCUCAUGUUUCGGAUUUUAGAACGGAAAGAUUGAAGUUGUUGCUUCGGCAAAGUAUUGUUGCCCUUUCACGGGAAGUGGACGAGAUUCUGGAUCCUAUAUUUUCCAUAUGUCAGUUGCGAUCAUGCCUAAGGUAUAAAGAAAGUUUAUUAGCUGUACCAUGUGCUGUAUCCGACUCUGAUCAAGGGAACCGUCCUCAGAAGAAGCUCAAAGCAUCCCCUUUCACAGAUAUGCAGGAUUCAGAAAGAGAGGACCUGAAUAUAUUGCCAUCUCGAGGAAUGUCGAGUGACGAUGUUCAAAAAGUUGAAGGAGAACAGGUUAAAAGAUCCCUUGCAAAGAUGGACCAAAAUGAAUUGGGUUCAAAUGUUGGAGCAGCUCCUGAAGACUGGGAUGUCCACAAUGAUUUGCAGUUUCUACUAAAAAAUGAUAGUGCAAAGGUUGAGAGUGUGAUGAAGAAGCAUUGCGAUGAACUUUUAGAUACGCUUGGAUACAUGGAGGAGAAGCUUGAAGAACUUCUUGAUAUUGUUAUGUCAAAUUGCAGGUUAAUGACUUUACCUGAGAAACAACACCUUCGGCGGCUGAUACGGGACCUCCCACCUAGGAAUCUUGAUCGCGUUGUCGAGAUUUUAUGCCGUGGUAAGCAAGUAGAGCAACAUUCUUGCAGUGAGGUGCAUGUUGAUCUAGAAAAAGAGGACAAAGCAACACUGUGGAGAUUGUAUUUCUACAUUGAAACAGUAGAAAAUGCUAAGAGGCUUCGCGAGGUGUAAUACUAAGUGGUGACAAUUGGCAAGGCCCUUCGUGAGACUGGGGACAUUCGUGAUUUAGGUUCUGAUAAGUUCUAUCAUGAAUCAGGUAUCGUUUUUAAUGCUCAGGAGCUGCAGAAAGGCGUCUCAACCAAACUGCACAUUUUGCAGAUCUUCUGGUGGUUAUGUUGGAGGCGUCUCAACUCAAGAUUUUGGAGGCCAAUGGCUGGUGUUGAUAUAACUCAGCCUUGUGUGCGGACUGCUGGCCUUUGAUGACAAAUAGAGGCAACAUAUAGGCAAAUCACAUAUCCAAUGGCUCUGUAGGGUGCCUUUCAGUUUUAUUUCCUCAUCACUUAUAGAAUGUAUACAAACUACUUUAGUGGUCCAGCCAUCAACUAUUGUAAAUUUCCUAAGCUUUAUAGCAUCUUAAGAAUUUACAUACCAUGAUUAGUUAUGCACAACGUGAGACUUUUGUCAUCAGUUACUGCUUGUCAAGUCGAAGAGGUGUAAUUGAUCAGAGGCAAGUUUCACAGAGAAGCUUGACAUUAUAAAUGUUAUCAUAUAGACCUAAUAGACAGAAGCAAGUGAAAAUGUUCAGUGUUAA